UUUCGCAUAGGUUAUCUCAUCGAAAAAUCGUAUCGCGAAUGGCCAUAGAAAGUUGCUACUGGUCCAGACUUUAUUCAAGAUGCAUCAAAGUGCAGAAAUUAUCUGCUGAUAAUUAAUAAACAAUCGAUUAAUGCGAGGUGUGAACAAUGCCGUGUACCGGUGUACAUACAUAUAUAUAUAUAUAUAUAUAUAGGUUUAACGUUGACGAACAAUAAUUAAUUAUCACUUCAUAACAAUGGAAAUCGUAUCGAAAAUGGUCCUUGAAUAUUGCUAGUGAUCUAUACUUGACAACAAAAUUGCAAAAGUGGAUGAAUUUUUCUUGGAAAGUUAGAAAAUUAUUGAUAAUGUUUACCAACAUUCGGUGGCGUGUCGCUAUCCUUGUCUUUCAUGAUCCUUUCUCUCUCUUACACAUUCACUUGAGCAGCUUGUGCUUCGGGCGAUACCAUUUGUGGGUCCAUAAACGAGGCUUUUUCAAAUUUAUUUAUUUAAAUUGUAAUUGGGUAAUCAAUUGAAGUGUGCGAUUGUUUCUAACAUACUUUCGCAUGCUUAAAUAAUAUUUUUUAUUUAAUCUAGCAUGAAACUUGCAAGAAUAAAUGCAAUUUAGACAACGUUCGAUGCAAUACAAUAGUCUUACCAUAGUUUACAAAGAAUUCUUUGUAAAUAGAUUAUUGUUACAAAUUUCAAACUUAUAAAAUUUAGAACAGAGUAACAUACAAUAGUUGUAUUAACAUGAUACGUCAAAUACAACAAACUAACGCUUAAAACAUUCAAAAUACGGCAAGAUAGAAAAACAUAUGUAUGUAUGUAAUAUUAUGUACUUACUCAGCUGUUCAUUGAUUAUGUUAACGUUGUCAUAGUAAUUAAAUGUACGCGUUAUUUUAUUGACAUCGACGUCAUAUACAAUAAUAUUGUAUAUUCUUGUGAUAUUAUAUUGAAUUAAACGUAUAUCUUGCAUAUAAAAUUAGUAAUUCAAUUAUUUCCGAUCAUAACCUUACAUUAUUUGAUAGAGAACUAUUGUUAACUUUCUUUAACAUCUUAAGUUGGAAUAAUUGAUCUAAAUAAUGUCUGUGGAUCAUAAUGAAAGAUAUAUUUUCGAGGCUGAAUGGUAUGACAAGAUAGCUACUAUCCUAAAAAAGUUCUACUUAUAUUAUUACCCCUACGACAAUACAGUAGAAUUGUUUGAUUUAAAAGCUAGAAAAACUUUCCUAAGAAGAACACAAUGCGAAGGUAUUCAAGCAAAGGACUUUUAUGUAGGCGCAGUCGUGACAAUAUUUUCAAGGAAUAUAAAAGUAUUGGACUAUGGGGAUUGCAUUACACGGACAAAACUGCAGACAAAAAUGCAAAAAACUUUCGCAAUUGUAAAGACAGAAGUUCUGGACAAGUUGGGUGAGAUACUAAAACGAAUAAUGUUCUGCAAUUUUCGCAUUACAAACAUUAAAAUGGUCAAAUUGACUAAAGAUGAAGCAGCAGCAUUUUGUCAAGAUAUGGGAGAUGAUACUAAUAUAGCGUAUAUUGUAAAUCAACUUACCUCCGGUCCUAUUGUGGCUCUUGAAUUAUUGGGUGAUCAUGCAGUUACUUAUUGGCUCGAAGUGAUGGGGCCAGAAGAUAGCGAGGAAGCUAGAGCUAAAGCUCCAUCCUCUCUCAGGGCAUGUUAUGGUAAAGAUAGCGUUCAUAACGCGGUGUACGGUUCAUCGAACGAAGAAGCAGCUAUUAGGGAGCUACAAUUCUUUUUCCCCGAUUCAAAAAGUAAAUUGAGAGGACCUUCUAAUACAGCUACUUUAGAAAAUUGUACUUGCUGUAUCAUUAAACCACAUGCUGUUCAAGCUAAAUUGACUGGACACAUUAUCGAUGACAUUCAGAAAGCUGGUUACACCAUCUCUGCUGUGCAACAAUUUAAUGUUAACCAAUUCGACGCGGAAGAAUUUUUAGAAGUUUACAAGGGCGUCCUCCCUGAUUAUGGGGCAAUGGUAGCUGAAUUACAAUCAGGGCCAUGUAUCGUUAUGGAAUUAAAACACGAAGAUAAAAAUUUCGACGUUCAAGGAGAAUUUAGAAAAUGGUGUGGACCGAUGGAUCCGGACAUCGCGCGACAAAUAAGACCGGAUACGCUUCGAGCAAAGUACGGGAAAACCAAAGUACAGAAUGCUAUACAUUGCUCUGAUUUACCGGAAGAUGGAAGUUUAGAGGUGGAAUAUUUCUUCAAAAUUCUCGACAGAAGCUAGACACCGAAGAAUAAUGUGUCAAACAUACGUACUUUGUACGAGACAAAUCAAUUAACUAUUAUCCGAUACUUAUUCAUUAUACCCAUUGUUGUAUGUACAUUAAUAAAAUACAAACAUGCCACGCUUAACAUUCCAUCGAAAACAAUGUUAACGGACCGAAGAAAUUUUUUAAUAAAAUAUUUCUAGAAUGUAUCGCGCAGCCAAAGAUGUGAAAUUUUUUUGUACACUUUUGUAAUAAAGAAUGCUUUAAUAACUUGA